AUGGCAUCCAAGCGCCAGGCAUCCCACCCAAAGCAGCCGGAUGGAAAGGGCAAGAAAGCAAAGGGGGGAGAGGAGGAUGAUGCCUGGACCUCCACCUUGGCAGUCCUGAAAACUGCGCCCAAGGAGAAGCUCCCCGCCACCAUCGAUGGGCUGUGCCCCCUGAGCACAGCACCAGGUGCCCGGGUCUACGAGGACUACGACUGCACCCUGAACCAGACCAACAUCAGCGCCAACAACAACAAGUUCUACAUCAUCCAGCUUCUUGAGCAUGAUGGUGCCUACAGUAUCUGGAACCGCUGGGGCCGUGUGGGAGAGGUGGGCCAGUCCAAGCUGAUGCCCUCCGCCUCCCUGGAGGCCGCCAAGAAGGACUUUGAGAAGAAGUUUCGGGAGAAGACCAAGAACAGCUGGGCGGCGAGGGAGAACUUCAUUGCCCAGCCAGGGAAGUACACGCUCAUCGAGGUGCAGCCAGGGGCCGGGCAGGAGGCGGAGGUUGCCCUCAGGGUGGAUGGCGUGGAUGGGGACAAGGUCUACAAGCAGCGGGUGCUGCCCUGCACCUUGGACAAAGCCACACAGGACCUGGUGUCCCUCAUCUUCAGCAGCGACAUGUUCCAAGAUGCCAUGCAGACCAUGAAUAUCGAUGUGAAGAAGAUGCCGCUGGGGAAGCUGAGCAAGCAGCAGAUCGCGAGGGGCUUCGAGGCGCUGGAGAAGCUGGAGGCAGCGCUGCAGGAGCAGCCCCCCCAGGCCACCCACCUGGAGGACCUCUCCUCCCAAUUCUACACCAUCAUCCCCCAUAACUUUGGGCGGGCACGGCCACCCCCCAUCAACUCCCUCGACCUGCUGCGUGCCAAGAAGGACAUGCUGUUGCUGAUCCAAAACUAUGUGACACAGACUGGGCACAAUUUCCACAUCCUCAACAUCUGGCAGGUGGACCGAGAUGGUGAGGUGGCACAGAGCCUGCAGGCACAGAAGGCGAAGGAGGAGGAGGAGAAGGAAGUCAUCCACCCUCUGGAUCAGGAUUACACCCUGCUCUGCUGCCAGCUCUCCCUGCUGGACUCAGCUUCCCAGGAAUACCAGCUGAUCCAAAACUAUGUGACACAGACUGGGCACAAUUUCCACAUCCUCAACAUCUGGCAGGUGGACCGAGAUGGUGAGGACAAGCGUUUCAGAGCCCACGACCUCCUGGAGCACCGGCGCCUGCUCUGGCAUGGCACCAAUGUGGCAGUGGUGGCAGCCAUCCUGAAGAGUGGGCUGCGCAUCAUGCCCCACUCGGGCGGGCGCGUGGGCAAGGGUAUCUACUUCGCCUCUGAGAACAGCAAGUCAGCCUGCUAUGUGGGCUGCACAACCAAGAAGGUUGGCAUCAUGUUCCUGGCAGAGGUGGCUCUGGGCAAGCCCUACCGCAUCACCUGCGAUGACCCCACGCUGUGUCAGCCGCCCACCGGCUAUGAUAGCGUGCUGGCCUGUGGUCAGACAGAGCCAGACCCUGCGCAGGAUGAGGAGGUGCUGCUGGAUGGCAAGAAGGUGCUGGUGUGCCAGGGCAAGCCCAUCCCCAUGCCCACCUACAAGGACUCUUCCUUCAGUCAGAGCGAGUACCUCAUCUACCAUGAAAGCCAGUGCCGGAUCCGCUACCUUGUCCAGCUCCAAUUCUGA